AUGUCUACUAGUGAAGUUAUACUUUACACCUUUAAGCAAGAAUCUGACCACUUUUUAUAUAUUGUAAUGGUAUACAGCAAAUCAACAGAUUUAAUAAUUGAUUGAUUGAUUUAUAUAUUCUGCUGUCUUUUGAUUUUUGAUGAUUUGUUACAUUUUGUAGAAAUACGCCAAAUAACAAUUUGAGUUUGCUUUGUUAAUCAUAUUGUUACAGAUUAUUAUCCAUUUUUUCAGCCGAGACUAGUCUAUAUUUAUAUUUUGGUUUGGGGUGUAUAAAAAGAAGGGUGUCUCAUCAGGUUGCUUUAGAUAUCAUGCAUUUAGUAUUGAUUUAAUUAGGUUCACAUAUCCUUGCUUGGGGAGAGUAGUGGAGGAUUCAAACAUCUUAUGAGGGAAUUUUCCCCUACUUUUUUCUUUUUCUUUUAAUAUUGAUUGUAAUUAAAAGCAAGCUGCUACCCUUUUCCCCUCAUCCAUCUCUUGGUCAGAUUGUAUGUUUUUCUACACUUAUUAUUAGUACAAACUAUAUAUAUAUAUAUAUGUAUAUAUAUAGAAGGCGUAUGCCUGUAAUUGUGGGAGGGAUUUAGGCCUAUUUAAACCCAGGGAACCCGCACUUACCUGUCUUCGUCGGUUCCGGAAAUCCGUCUCCUCACUUCCGGUACGCGCAGACCUCUGACGUCACUUUCCCGCGUCGCUCGCAGAGUACGCCCAGCAUCUCAGUGUAACCUCACGAACGGCUCCGUUUGGCUAUUACCAAAGCGACUGUAAGUCCUCAUAAACUGUUCGUUAAGCAACUUGUUCGCAUGGGUUUCUACAGGGGGGGGUUGCCGUUCGUUUCCCUUACAGCUAUUUACCAUAGCUGACAUGUAACUGAUCAGUCUACUAUUCAUUGUCGUAACAAGAAUCAUAUCCGUGCUCAAAGGGUUAAAACACAGUUGAUUUUUUUUUUUCUCCUUUUCUUCUCUAAAUUAAAAAAGUACGUGAAUUCACUUUUAUUCCAUCAUCUGCUUAUCACACACCGUGCUCUAGAUACCUGUAGUUACAGUGUUGCGAAUUAGCCAAACUGUAGAAAGUGCCUGUUAUCCCCUAUGUGAGCAUCAUAAUUUUUCACUGUUUACAAAAUAAAUGUGUAUGUAUGUAGCAACAGGAAAGUCUUAAAGGAAUCAUACUUCAUAAGGAUUGAUUACUGCGUGUUAGACUCAGCUAAUGCAAAUCAGGUUUUAAUUAACAUAAUUACACAGGUUUCCUAAGAGAGAAGAUCAAAAAAAAAAAAAAAUAUAUAUAUUUAUCAUAUAGUUAUUAUCUUUCUACAUACUUGUGUGCUUUUUUUUAAAUUACAGGAAUAUGUUCUCAAUGUUUGUUUUGUGCCCAUGUUCUCCUCACAUCAUACAUUAUCGUGCUAAAAUAACAUUUAAACUGAAGUCCAUACUCGAGGGUUAUUCUAAACACUGUUUUGUGGCUAUGUGAGGGCAGACAGUACACUGGCAUUACUCAGUGCUCAGUUCACUUGCUCAUUAAUUAAUCAUACAACUACCCAGUUAUUUAUCUUACUACGAAUUGGUAUCACGUACGCUGUUUAUAACAAUUUUUUCCUUUCUAGGAAUUCAAUUUCGUCAUUCAGUACUACCAAUUUACGCAGGUUUCACGUUCACGGUCCGGUUAGUGUAAAAAAAAAAAAAUAAAUAAAUUUUUUUUUUUUAGCAAGUCCGCCUAGUUUACGCCUUCCAUUUGUUUUUUUUUGUUUUUUUUGCAAUAGGUGAUUCAGCUCGGGUAAUAAAAAAAAAAAAAUAUAUACCACCCGACCAUACAAACUCAUUAGUGCGACUCAAGUACGUACCAAGUUCGCAUACAGGUAAGGAUAACGAACGUUUAUUUAUUUCUUUUUUCGUACGUAUCGUCCCUCGUAGUUUAGGUGGCUGGCUGUUAAGGUCAUAGCAACCCAGUAGUGUUAAAUAUCAUCCCGGCUCUCUCGCCUUAAAAUAGUGGUCCCGCGAGGCCAACACCCAUCCUCAAUUCAGAGGUACUACGUCCCUCGGGCCAAUCCAUAGGUAGCCGCCUCGCACGUGGCAUAGAGAGGGCCUCACCUGUCACUCCCAUUCUAUCUUAUGACUACUACUCAUCGAGAGGCCAACACCCCGCCACAACGUUCGGUGGCCACGAAAUUCCCUCGCGCCAACUCAUAGAUAGAGCCUCUCAAGCCGCUUGGCACUUAGCAGGGCCUCACCAGUCACCGGCUUAGUGUAAUUGCUUCGCCGCAGAGCGGCACUAGCUAGUCAGCCAGCACACUCACUUAAAAAAAAAAAAAAAUUUUAUUUCCUAACAUAACAUCUCUUUUUCACGCCCAUAGCAUGUCUAACGAGUCAGUUCAAGAAGAAGACCUGUCACUUGCCAGCACUCCCUCCAGACCUGGCAGUCAGCCAAGACAGUCCAGUACGAUGUCCAACUACAGAUCCUGGACUGUCCCAAAAAUCACUGCUGAACUGAAUAAAAGGAACAUUCCUUUUCCGGCUACAGCCAGAAAAGCUGAACUUUUCCGCUUAUUAAACUCGCAAGACGUAGAGUUACCAGGCCCCAGUUCCGAUGCUACGAUCCAAAAUAGCUUGUCAGAAUUACGUAAUAUGAUGACCUCCCUGGUGGCUUCAGUAGCUACCAUAAAUAAUAGAUUAGAUAAUCUGGAAACCUCUUGUCAAGCUAGCAUUCCGGAAGUACAAGUCCCACUAGGACAACCAGAAACAAGCUCAGGAGGUAACUCCAAUCCAUUCCCUGCUAAAACAUCUAAUAUAAUCAACCCAGUACAUUUGAUACCACAAAACUUAAAAAGAGAUAUACUAGAAGGGAAAGAUGUUAAUCUAGCCUCUCUCCUCAUUGCCUCACAGGAUAUAAUCGAAAAUAGAGCCUAUACUUUCGGCGAUAUAUCCGUGGUAAUGAAAACUAGAGAUCCUAGGCUCAACAAAAAACUUAAUAUUCCUGAGUUUGUACUAGCCUUUGGCCUAUAUAGAGACGUAAUUUGCACUGCCUUCCCACACCGUAGAGAAGAGCUGGAUCUAUAUCUGCACAAACUGGUGGAGUUAGCCUAUAAAUACGGGGGGUACGCGUUUUACGACUACCAUAAGUCCUUUGCUGCCAAGUCAGCUGCAUCAUUGGCCCAGUUCAACACCCCCACCGAUUGGAGUCAAUUGGAUACAGAAUUAUUCUGUAGACAUUUUGCCGGGCUUAAAACACCAGCAUGUGCAAUAUGUGCCUCAGCGUCUCAUACGGCAAAUUUCUGUCCAAAUAAUAUAAGUGGUCCGUCUAAUAGUAGUACCAGUCCGGAUUAUUUCCCUAAUCAAAGGGAAAUGAAAGAUAAGUUGGGGAGACCUAUAGUAUUUCUCGGGAAAGCUCAAGUCUGUAACAACUUUAACGCAGGAGGCUGUAGUUACAGCGCUUGUAGAUUGCUUCAUGUUUGCUCAAUCUGUUUCAGAGCACAUGCGAAAACCAUGUGUCCAAACAAACUGUUCCCUAAAAAAGCUAUGACCCCAAUAAACGUAAACAAUUUACAACGUUACUUGACUGUACAUCCUUCUUCCUACUUGACAGACUUUCUCGUAUCAGGUUUCACGACAGGCUUUCACACAGGUUUGGUAGCACUCCCUUCAGGCAUACUAGAAUGCCCCAACCUACAAUCAGCUGUUACAGACCCAGUCACUUUAACGGAUCUCCUCAAUAAAGAAAUUGAACUUGGUUUCAUGAUAGGUCCCUUUACUACUCCACCCUUCACCUCUUGGAGAACCAGUCCACUCGGUAUAGCCACGGGCAAGUUUAACAAUAAAAAGAGGUUAAUAAUCGAUUUUUCAGCACCUCAUACUUCCACAGCCCCAAGCUUAAAUUCUCUCAUACCGUCAGAAGACUUUUCACUGCAGUACGCAAAAAUAGACGACGCCAUACAAGCUAUCAUCAAUUCGGGCGAGGCAGCCUGGUUGAGCAAAACAGAUAUUUCAAACGCUUUCAAACUCUUACCAAUUAAACAGUCACUCUGGCACCUUCAUGGUGUUAAGUGGGAAGGGAAAUACUAUUUUGCAACCAGGCUGACCUUCGGCUCCAAAAGUAGCCCAAAAAUCUUCGAUAUAUUCGCAGAAACCUUAAACUGGCUGCUACUAAACAAUUCCAGAUGCCCAGUAGUAAUUCACUACCUCGAUGACUUUUUAUAUAUCGAGCCUAGCUACUACACGCCACAUAGUCUAAAUAAUGCACUAUCCCUAUUUAAUGACUUAGGAGUCCCGGUAGCUCCAAACAAAACAGAGGGUCCCAGUACAGAAAUAACUUUCUUAGGCAUCACUCUUAAUUCCGCGACUAUGCAAGCUAGCCUCCCUCAGACGAAAGUAGACAGAAUCCUUACUAACAUUCACAACUGCACCAACCAAGGGUCUUGUACCAGGAAAGAGUUACAGUCGCUUUUGGGUUCCCUUAACUUCGCCAUGAGAAUUGUCCCUCAAGGCAGGUCUUUCAUCUCUAGGCUUCUGUCUCUCCUACACGGCCUCCCUGACGACGGCACUAGAAUUAAGCUAGAUAAUCCUGCGAGGGCCGACCUCAAUAUGUGGGAACUGUUUUUAACAACUUGGAACGGUAGGUCACUUUUUAUUCCCCCCAUAUCAGAUGAGUCCCCGGUUAUCUGGACAGACGCAGCAGCUACCACCGGGUACGCUGCAAUAUUUGAGGACGAGUGGUUGUACGACAGUUGGCCACCCGAAACACUUACCCUGGAGAAUUUCGACAAAACCUCUGCGUUCUUCGAAAUUUUCCCAAUAGUAGCGGCAGCUCUCAUCUGGGGAAAUCAUUGGAGGGGGAAAGCAGUGAAAUGUUACUCUGAUAACCAAGCAGCAUGCGACAUAAUUAACAAGGGCAGUUCUCAGUCCCUACCAAUCAUGAGUCUUGUAAGGAAACUUACUUGGUUGGCUGCAAAUUUACAGUUCUAUAUGCAUUGUAUCCAUGUCCCUGGUGUCUUAAAUAACGCAGCUGAUGCUUUGUCUCGUUUUAAUUUGCAGGAAUUCUUCAAACUACACCCUACAGCAAACAAACACUCCAUAAAUCCCCCACAAUUCAAAGACCUAAUCAUGCUCUAAAUCAAUUAUUAGAACAUAGUAGAAUUCUUGCACAGGCAGCCUUGUCGGAAAACACAAAAAAAGCUUACGAUAGGGCAUUUGACCUGUUCAAAAAAUUUGUACAAGAUUUCAAUAUAAUAAACUGUUUUUCUGUAGAAACUAUGGUUGCAUUCUCAACUUUUUGCCACCUCUCAUUAAAACUAGCCUACAAUACCAUAAAACUUUAUUUAACAGGAGUACAACAUUUCAUGCUAAUUCUUUUCCCGAACAAGUCCCCUUUCUUGUCCACAUACCCUGUUAAAAGUAUACUAAAAGGUAUCCAGAGACAAAAGGCACAUGUACCCCUGAAAAGACUCCCCAUAGACAGUAACCUCUUUAAAGAUAUCUCCAAUCUAUUAGAUAAAAAUCCUUUUGAAUAUAACACUAACCUAGUAAUUAAGACAGCAGCGUAUCUUGCCUUUUUUGGGUUCCUCAGACCUAAAGAAUUUUCAGUGGAGAAAAUAUCCGACACAAAAAAUUGUCUCAAACAAGGAAACCUAACUAGAGUACAUGAUCAUUUCAUAUUAUCUAUUCCCCGCACAAAAACUAACCAAUCAGGUCCCCCAGUAGACCUUAAAUACUUUCCUACCGGUUCCAUCUGGUGCCCAGUACAAGUACUAGAUAAGUUCAUACUGAAUCAACAAGUUAAAAAUCCAGAUUUGCCUCUGUUGACCCUACAAGGUAAGCCUCUCACCACUAAACAAUUCAUGCUAUACAUCCGCACUUUACUCCUCAGACUAGGCCUUAAUCCUAACUCCUUCACGGGACACUCAUUCCGCAUCGGAGCAGCCACAACAGCCUCAAGUAGUCAAGUGCCAACACAUAUUAUAAAGAAAAUGGGCCGCUGGAAAUCCUCCGCGUAUAACCAGUACAUUCCAAACCCGGAGAAAGAGAUUAGACUUGCAUUUUGUAACAUGUCUAAAUAAUGUUGUGUUAAUAAAUGUUUGUUUCUCUUAUUUUUGCCCUCUUUUUUACAGGCCUAGCCUCUCGUCGGUUUCGGCACACCUCAACCGACUCUCAUUUUUAAAAAAAACAUAACUCUCCACUUUAAGUAUACGCCCCUUUUUAUAAUCCCGUACACAAAUAGAAGGCGUAUGCCUGUAAUUGUGGGAGGGAUUUAGGCCUAUUUAAACCCAGGGAACCCGCACUUACCUGUCUUCGUCGGUUCCGGAAAUCCCCUCCCUCCACACCCCUUUUAAAUAUCAAUAAUUCAGGGUGGGCCCUCUUUUUUACAGGCCUAACCUCUCGUCGGUUUCGGCACACCUCAACCGACUCUCAUUUUUAAAAAAAACAUAACUCUCCACUUUAAGUAUACGCCCCUUUUUAUAAUCCCGUACACAAAUAUAUAUAUAUUGCUAUAAGCUCGCUGUCUAAAUACUUAUCUUAUUGCCAGGUGCAAGCCAGAGCUUUCUGUAUCCAAACGAGGUAGAGAAAUAGUUGCACUUACGGUCUUCUAUAAAAUCCAGUAUUUAUUAGUAUAUAUUUAAAAUUAGGAUCAACGUUUCAGUAAUUUUCAGGACUUUCAUCAGGAUUUCCCCUGAUUAAAUAUUUUUAUCACAUGAUCUGUGAACCAAAUGGUGGGAAAAUGUCCCUAUCCAGUACUGCAAAAUAAAUAAAUGGACAAUUCAUUCAUCCAUGACAGAUAUGUGUUGAUCAGUAAAGGGGACCAGUCAAAUGUAUUUAAAUCCAGGACAGGCCAACAGAAUGUGGCAAGCAGGCUAUAAGCAGUAAUGGGUUCCAUGCCGCCUAACCUUCCCAUGGUCUCUGAAAUAAGUCUUUAAUCUCUCCAAUCUCCUGGGCAGGAAGCCCAAAAUCUAGGAGGGUCUCCAGUUAAUGCUAUCACAUGUGCCAUGGUGUACUCUACCUGGACAGAGAUUUAGGCGCGAGGAGCAGUAUGCUUAAUCUGAUGUCAUUUUCCUUUUCUUUAAUUUUAUUAUGAGGAGUAAUAACUCAAUGUAUGUCAGUGAUCAUCUCCUUAUAAUUGCAUCAUAUGCCACUAUAUUAUUUGUUCUGCAUUAUUCUUGUACUGUUCGUACAUAUAUGAGAAUCCUAUGUCCUACAAUAGCUCUGUCAUACUUGAAAAAUUUGUUGUACCAAUACCUCAAUAAAAAUAGAUUAACAAAAAGGAAACAAAUGAGAAGUCAUAUAAAACUAUAUACCUUUAUUAUUAUAGUCACAAAAACACACUUAAAAAAGAAAGCAAAAACAUUGAUCCCACCACCCAUAUACAAUGUGAUUUACUAGAAUGAGAAUGAGAACUGUCAUUGUUAUUUGCAUAUAUCCAUUAAUUAUAAAUAAGGGUUAUACCUUAUACCAGCUCUAUUGCAGGUCUGACAUAAGUGAACGUUUUAGUAUUUUCACUAAUUUAUCUUAAAUAAAGUGUUGCAGUAUUCCUUUAAAUGAGUCGUUCUGUUUUGUGGUAAUUGUUUGCUUUCAGUAUUAACUCCAUGUGUUCAGAAUAAUUUGAUUAUUUUAUUUUUUUAAAGUCUUAGCUACUCUGAAACAGCUUUUUGCCAACUUGCAGCAGAUGUUGUCCUGAACGUACUAAGAGACCAGCAAUUCCCACAAUAUGUAGCCUCAUUUGGAAAUUCUCAACCACAGAAUGUGUUAGACUGGGUGCCGAUUGUUGAUGUUACUGCUCUUACUCCUACAGAAGUGGUAAGAUAUCUGUGCUGUAAACUUGUCCUGUUAUGUUAUACCUUAGGGAUACAAUAGUCACCAAAACAACUUUAGCUUGAUGAAGCAGUUUUGGUGUAUAGAUCAUGCUCCAACAGUCUUACUGCUCAAUUCUCUGCCAUUUAGGAGUUAAAUCACUUUGUGUAAGUUACAUGCAGGGAGAUGAGACUUGGGCUGCAAAAACAAGCUUCCUAAACACUUCCUGUAAAGAGUCAUCUAAUGUUUACACUUUAUUUAUUGCAAAUUCUGUUUAAUUUAAAAUGAAUUAUCCCUUGCUCUUUUAAUAGCUUGCUAGACUGUGCAGGAGCCUCCUGUAUGUGAUUAAAGUUCCAUUUACAGAGCAGGAGUUCUUAAUGUAUUUAGUGUCCUGCGUCUUGAGUGGAGGUGAAAGAUCUUUAAACUCUUUUUGACUGAGGGUUUCCUGAAAUUCCAUGUUUUUGAUAGGCAUUUUUGGCACUUUUGCAAUGUGUUUGUUCCACUGUACUUUCAAACUUCUCUCUCCUAGAGGGGCUGUCACAACAAUAUUGCUUUUGAAUAUUUCAUGAAGAGAUUUUAUGAAAAUAAGCAUGUUGACUGUAUUAUAAAAUUAUUUUGGUUGCAUUGGAAGUUCAAAGUAAGGACAAAAAUGUCUUAUGGCAAAGUCCUAGUUUGACAAAACAUGACAAUAGAUGAAUAUUUUUACAGUGGUUGCAAUCAAUAGCUGUGGCAGUAUGGAACCUUCCCACAGAUUACACAAGUGGGUCUAUAGAGCAGUGUUCCUAACCCAGUCCUAAAGUACCCCCAACCAGUCCAAGAUUUAGGGAUUACCCAGUUGUGUCUAAGGUGUUUUUACAAGAAAGAAAAAAAAACACUUUAGACACAACAGUGUAAUCACUAAAUCCUGGACUGGUAGGGGGUACUUGAGGACUGGGUUGGGAACCCCUGCUAUAGAGAAAACUACAGUCUCUCUGGAUCCUCAAUACACCUCAGUGUCUAGUAGUGAUGCAACUCCUGUUAGGUGAAGCACUUGGUAGCUGAAGAAAGAAGAUGGAUGGCUCUUGCAGGGGACAACCUCAGGUAAGUACACUGAUCAGCCACAACAUUAAAACCACUGACCUAUUAAGUGAAUAUUGUUUAUUAUAUAUUUCAAUGACAGCUGGCAAGGGGUGGGGAUAAAUGGGGCAGCAAGUAAACAGUCAGUUCUUGAAUUUCAUGAUGGUCAGAGCAUGUCCAAAAUGGCAAAUCUUGUGGGAUUUUCCCAGUAGGCAGUGGUUAGUACAUAAAAGUAGUGCAAGGAAGGACAACCAGUGAACCAGCAUCAGUGUCAUGGGCGUCCAAGGCUCAUUGCUGCACAUGGGGAGUAAAGGUUAACCCGUCUCUUUCAAUAACACAGAACUACUAUAGCUCAGAUUGCUGGAAAACGUAAUGCUGGCCAAGAUAUACUGUGUGUUCUGACACCUUUCUAGCGCAGUUUGCUGUGUAUAGGGCUGCAUAGCCACAGAUCUAAACUCCCAUAAUGCUGACACAGCAUCAUGGUAGAUAUAGUCCACAAUCAUGAUACUAUUAGCACUUACAUUUUAACCUUUCCAGUUGGAGCCAAAACUUUUGUUUUAUGGCUUGUUAAAAUGGAAGCAAUAGGAGUUAAAGUGUGUCGAUGAGAAUGUUCUUAAUCACGCUGUGAAGCACUAAAAUCUGAAGCAAUCACUGGAAUCUACAUCAAGCAGGGUCAAAUGCAGACGGAUUCAAAAUACAUUUUUGGAAAGAUAUACGACAAAUAUUGCAGUGAGUGAAUUAAAAGGUUUUAAGGCUAAACCUUUCUAAUUGAAAUAAAAGCGGGGGCGGGGUGUUUAUAGAAGGUUGCCAUUGCUGUACUCCAUUGACCCUAGUAAUGUCUUAGCCAGUACAAUUUCAACAACUUAAUUUUUAUAUAAUCUCUCUCUCUCUCUCUUCUAUUUUGUUUUAGAACACAUGUAAAAUGCCAGUGUCUUUAGAACUAGAAGUGAGAUGGACUAAAUAUGGAUCAUUGGUUAAUCCUCAAGCACAGAUUGUGAAUGUUACACAAAAGAUUACUUACAAUGCUAUCCCGGUAAGUAGAAAAUUAUUUUUUCAGCAAUUUUUUUUCUAGAAAUUGUCCAACUUGGAUUGUUUAAGCCUGCAGUUUGUUUAUUAAAAAAAAUUCUUAGUUAUCUUUGGCUGUGAAGUGUAUGUGUGAUAAUGCAAGAGUACAGUGUGAGUAACUGAGCACUCCAGGGCAGAGGCAGACAGCCCUAACAUAUAGCAACCAUAUUACUUUAUCAAACACUAACAUAAAAUAAAAUAUUUACAAUGUACCAUCUGUAUAAUUAUGGUGAAUGAAGAGCAGAUUAUGUCUUAAUACGCGACAAAAUUAACAUUUAUGCCAAAAUAGCCAAACUGAAAAUACAACUGAUUUGGAAAGGUGUUUUUUUUUUUUUUAAGAUUACUGUGCCAAAAGCUUUAAAUUCAGUUUGAGGUUUAUUUACUAAACCUAUUCACUCUUUCUACACUUUUAAUGACUUGGCCAGUAAACCCGCUUGUGGCAAAGAUUAUUUGUAGGCUGGGUGCUGAACAAAUAAUCUAUAGACUUUUUGUUUAGCACCUAUACCAGAUUGUUAGGGUUGACUGGGAGAUUUACACCAUGUCAAAUACCAAAUCAAAUAGAUUUGCACCAUGUAUUAAUUUGUUGACUGACAAAAUAAUGGAGUGAUUUGCUAUAUGCCAGCAUCAGCUCUGCAUUUAUCAGCUCCAUAAUCCAGGCUUUAAGUGCAAUGCAAAUGUUUAAAGUUAAUGUAGGAUAACCUAGCCUUUUGUACUGUAAAUACAUGCAUUUCUUGUAAACCGUUAAAAUAUGACCCAUAUUAAAUUUGCCCUGUUGGCCACAUGGAUGCAAUUUAUAAUGUGUUGAUCAAUGAUAAUCCGUACAUUCACUCUGUAUAUGAUUAUUAAUGGUGUCCCUCUUUAUAGACCGCUUUUCUUGGAAGUGAAAAACUUGUACAGAUCUUCUGUUCCGUCACUUUUGUUGAUGUGUCUGCAUCCGCAGAGCCUGGUUACAAAGCUCAACCAACCUUUGAUGCCAAGCUGCCCUUUGAUUUCUUCUACCCAUUUGUAUAAUUAGCAGGUAGCACAUUAGGUUAUCGGAUUUAGCUCUGUAAAUAUUAAUUGGUAGCUGUAAAUGAUUACAGUGGGAAUUAUCCUGCUAUGUUUAAGUGCCACAAAGACAGGAUUUAAGCAACAUCUUAAUAUUAAAAACAUGACAAUGAUAUGUUGUGUUCUAGCAACAUGAUCCAUAACAUGGACAGAAUGAAUGCAAAAUGCAAGGUUACUUAGAGAUAUACUUAAAGGGACAAUAUAGUAUCAGUUAUGCAAAUGUGUAUUCCUGACACUAUAGUUCUAAACCACCAUUUAGGUGGUCGGCCCCCUAAGACUCCAUUGCCCCAGGGAAUAUAUUAGGUUUACAUAAAGCCAACUCCUUACUUUUGUACUCUUACCUUAUAUAGCACACUUAAACAAAAAACAAUCCGGAAAAACAGCACUAAAGCUAGAUCUGCUUUAGCUUGCUGCAGAAAGUGACAGUUUCCACUCUGCUUAUUAUGUGGAAAUCCGUAACAAACAUCUAAAAUGAAAGAACAAACAGGUCAAACCACAAAAAGAACUUAAAAAAAAAAAAGUCUCACCUAAAAGAUGGGGUACCCUCACAGACCUCAACAAACGUUUAAAAUGUCUCAUCAAAUGACAGUACACCAACACUAAGGUGUUACUAGCUUGUACAUGUGCUUUACAUUUUAUAAUAAAAUGACUGAAUAGUGCAGACCAAAUCGAUGUAAUUUUGAGUUUUCCUGCUCCCUGCGGAAUAAAGACUUCACUCAAGCAUGAACAAACAGUUGUGUGUCUGAGAGACACGGUCCCUUAUAGUUUGUGUUCAAUGUCUUAAAGAGGUGAAGACAUAUGUUGAAUGACGAAACCUUACACUUGAAGAGGAAUUGCCAUUUCUUUUAAAGAGACAGUUCCUCUUUCUCAUCCUUUGCUCAACUGCAUUCCUCAAAUCAGGUGGUGCUUUUAAAAAGUAAAGUAUAAAAACACACCUUGUAUGUGGGUGUCAGCACCCUUCAAAGCUUCAGACCCACUUGAGCAUCUGCUUUUAAGGUGGCAUACAAGUACAUUCCUUCAGUAGUGUUGUAUGCUCCAUAACCAAACCUGUACACAGAAUUACUAUAUGCCUAGCAUACCCAUACAUUGUAUAUGAGUUAUAAACUUUAUUUAAUAAAGAAAAGAUGAUCCCAUAUCAGUUAGCUAUUGGGUCAUGCAAAAACUAGAAUAAAUGGCUAUGCAUCUUUUAAAAAGUAUAUCACUGACACUAAACCAUUUAAAACCAAAUAAUGGUGGGUGUAUAUUGAACACUUUCAGCAUGUGCACCAAGAAUCUAAAAAUAAAUAUAUAACUGCUGGUUUUCUACUAGAACAAAUUGUCAAGAAGCCUUGAGUAGCACUGUAUUUUGUUUAAACAUGUGUAACAAUCAUUUUUAUUUAUGGUCGAAAUAUGUAUUUUAUACAAUAAAGCGAAAUCAAAAUAUACAAAUUUGUUGCAUUUUUUUUUUUUUUUUAAACAUGAUGUUCAUUAAAAUAGAAUUAGACAUAAAAUAUGGUCCAAGAAAACGCUUACUGAAAAAAAAAAAAAUCAAGAAUGUGCCGCUUCGGUUGAAUCAGGAAUUAUAUUAUGUUGUUGUAGUACUCUCUGUAGUCUGGAAAUCUCUUGCUCCUGU